CUCGUGUCAUGUUAUGUCAAUCAUCAAUCGCAAGGCAAGGUGUCAAACUUUAGUAUCUCGUGACAGUGAUGUACAGUGAUUAGAAUCUAACUAGAAUUACAGAAAAGCUAUCAGUAUGAUGGACGGCAAUGAUUUAGCAUCUGAAUCUGUUCGAAGAAACAUCAUUUCUCAAGCUUGGUCACGCAUUUCCCAGAUUUACCAAGGAACACUAGAUGGAUGGACACCAUAUACUAAGGGAAGAUGGAUUGGCAGUAUAGUUCUUGUAUUAAUAUUCCUACUUAGAAUAUUUACCAAGCAAGGUUGGUAUAUUAUAACAUAUGCACUUGGGAUAUACCAUUUAAAUUUGUUCAUUGCAUUCCUAACACCAAAAAUUGAUCCAGCAAUGGAUUUUGAUGGUGAUGAUGAUAAUGGUCCAGCUCUACCAACAAGGGCUACAGAAGAAUUCCGACCGUUCAUACGGCGACUGCCAGAAUUUAAGUUCUGGCUCUCUGUAACAAAGAGCACUAUCAUUGCAUUCUUCUGUACUUUUAUCGACGCUUUUAAUAUUCCAGUAUUUUGGCCCAUUUUGGUCAUGUAUUUUAUAACACUAUUUUGUAUUACAAUGAAGAGACAAAUCAAGCAUAUGAUCAAAUACCGGUACCUGCCGUUCACUCACAGCAAACCAAAGUACAAAACUGUUGACCCUGCAGUAACUGUUAACUGACCACUUUUAAACGAUGCUAGCAUCGAAUGCCGGGAGGAGUCAUAGUUAAAUUAACUUAAAACUGUUGUACGAUUCUAGAAAUACAGUUUUUAUUAUAAUGUUUUAUCUUCUUUAAUUUCAUUA